AUGCAACAGCAGCACCAGCAGCUGCAGCUGCAGCAGCACCCGCAUGAGCAGCAGCAGCUGCAGCACCACCUGCAUGAGCAGCAGCAGCAGCUGCAGCACCACCUGCAUGAGCAGCAGCAGCAGCUGCUGCUGCAGCAGCAGCAUCAGCACCUGCAUGAGCAGCAGCUGCUGCAGCAGCUGCAGCAGCAGCUGCAGCAGCAGCAGCAGCAGCACCAGCAGCAGGGUGAAUGCGAAUUGGAUGUUUUUGGUGCCAUGAACUGUUUGCUGCAGCAGCAGCAACACCAGCAGCAGCUGCAGCAGCAGCAGCAACAGCAGCAGCAGCUGCAGCAGCAGCAGCAACAGCAGCAGCAGCAGCAACAGCAGCAGCAGCAGCAGCAACACUGUUUGUCUUUAAAACGAGCGAUAGUGCUGCUGCAUCUGCACUACUUGCUGCAACAGCAGCCUUUGCUGCUGCUGCUGCUGCAGGAGCAGCAACAGCAGCCGCAGCCGCAGCAGCAGCAGCAGCAGCAGCUGUUGCUGUGCGGGUCUACGUCAGGCAGCGUGCUGCCAACUAUAGCCAGCUAG